GUCCUAGGAACGGUAUAAAAGCACUCACAAUUCAGAUUUCUUCUACACACUUCUCCAGACUUCAUCUCCUCAGUGAACUGGGUUUACCUCCGUCCCAGAAAGAUGGCUUUCUCCAGCCUCUGCUAUCCAGAAUGCGGGGUGGCCCGACCCAGUCCAGUCACUGGCAGCUGCAACGAGCCCUGCGUUAGGCAGUGCCCUGACUCCGAAGUGGUGAUCAGACCCUCCCCGGUUGUCGUGACCCUCCCCGGACCAAUUCUCAGCAAUUUCCCUCAGCAGAGCGAAGUGGCAGCCGCAGGAGCACCUGUGGUUGGAGCUGGUUUGGGAGGCUCAUUCGGUUUGGGGGGACUGUAUGGCUAUGGAGGCCGUUAUGGAGGGUUGUAUGGUUUAGGGAGAUAUGGUGCCUACGGGGGCCUUUACGGUUACGGGGGAUUAUUGGGCAAUGGGGGAUACUGCGGUUACCCGGGCCUUUAUGGUUACGGGGGAUUAUUGGGACAUGGGGGAUACUGCGGUUACCCGGGCCUUUAUGGUUACGGAGGAUAUGGCCGUAGGUAUCUUGGUGGAUAUUGUGGGCCAUGUUAAACCCAGCAGGAAUGUUCGUAGAAGAAGGAAGAACCAGGAAAUGAACAGCAAGAUCCAGAUUCACCCCUGAUCUUUUGGGCAUGGCUUUCAGAAGUGCUGUGCAAACAUGGCUCCACCUGAGGGAGCUGUGUGUGCUCAGCACCUUGGUCUGAUAGCCAUGCUGCAUUUCUAAUGUUACGCUUUAGGACUCUUUCUGCUAGUGCUUUCCCAGCCAUGUGCUGAUUCUCACUUUCACAUGUGGACUCAUUCUGAAUUACACGCAAGCUAUUUACACUAAGCCCGCAGUGUGAAGGAAACAAGGGCCUUAACAUAGGUAUCAUUUACAUUCAUUAUCACUGUAAGUCCCUUUAAAGGGGAAAAAGAGACCUUGCUGUAAAGGAGAAUUAGGCCCCAUAUGUUCUAUCCUUUCCAUCAAUACGUAUCUUUAGCACCUCACUUUAACCUUUGCUAUGGCUGAUGUAUAAUGGAGAAGCUGUGUAGUCCUCUGCUUCUAUUUUGCUUUGUCUCAUUUCCCACCGACUGGGGUAAAACAAAAAACUUAAAAUGGUUACAGAGGGGACUUCUUUGUCAACCUCUGCAGCUGCAACAAAGCACAAAGAACAUGUUGUCUGAAAUGCAACCCACUGAGGCCUGUGAUUGGUCGCAGGCCUUCUUGAAACUCUGGAAAUACAUUCUUUCUGCUCUGUACUAUUUCUUCCUGUAACUGUGUACUGCCAAUUGCAUUUGCAUUAAAAACUCUGCUGCAUCAUAA